CUCAGCUUAUUUAAUGCACGUACCACUCGGUAAGGGGUAUCUAACUUGCUAAAGCAUCUAUUGGUAACGCCGCAUCUUUCCUUCGGCUUAUUACAGCAGUUUCUUACGUCCACGUCAGCCUACAUUAAAUCAGAUUGUUCCAUCUUUCAGAGAAAAUGAUUCCAUUGGUGGUCUUCAUGACGGCAAUCGUCGUAUCGUCUGCACUUCCUGUGAUGAAACAAGAAUCGGACGCCGGCACCAGCUUUUAUGACAACUUCAGUUCUGCAUAUUGGCAAAAAAUCGUCGAGCAAUACGCCGGACUUGAUCCAAAUGAAAUAGCCGCAAAAGCCAUGGAAGAAUUCUCUAAUAAUGGACUCGUGCCAUCAGCCGGACAGAGCUUUGAAGAUGUUGACUGGCAGAAGUAUCUUGAGGCCGGUGAAGAGAUGAACAAUGGACAAGAUUUUAAUAUAAUGGGCGCCGAUAUGAUCGGACAAGACAUAACGCUGAACGGCAUGUCCCAGACAAUUUCUUUUGUUCCCGAUUUUAACAACAUGGACAUGAAUGAGUUAAUGAACUAUCUCGGAAUGUCCUCGGAUGCACAGUUGCAGUAGGCCUAUGUUAAUUAAAAGCUCAGAAUAUAGGCAUUUUCCGCAAUGAAUCAAUUCUCUAUCAUAUAACAGUAUUCCCAGAAAAUAAAUACCAAGUCUCCCUCCAAUAAUAAAGACCACUUUUGGGACCGGGGUUCCCAUGAUCUUUUGCAGCUUUGGUCUCUAAUUAAAAUUAUGAAGAUAAAAAAAAACCUCUGCUGAGUGGGGACCACAAAAAAUGGUUUUUGAUUGCAGGCGGUCUUUAAUUAGAUUGAGAUCUGUAUAACAUAAUCUAUAUAUAGACCUAGGGCUACAGUAAAAUAGAACAUAUU